UGUACUGAGUUCUUUCUGCUCGACCACAAUGAGAUCGCAGUCUUGUUGAUACAGCCGCAUUCUUUCAGCCCCCCCUUCCCAGCAAUUUGGGAAUCUUUUUUUUUGGAAUUGAGGGAGUUGUUCCCUCCCCAGGAAAACCGGUGGUAGUGCUCCCCAUGUCCCACCUCCACCCUCACAGAUGCAGAGCUUCACAGAAUCAUUCCUGCUCAACUUCUACGCCUCAUGCAGACUUAAAUCACAGCUCGCAGGGGACAUCCACCUACACAGGGUUUGGUGUUAUGAAAAUAACAAAGUAAUGCCAUGUUAAUAUCUCAACCAUUAACUGAGGAGGGAAGAGACUUGCUGGGCUGCACAAACACAGACUGAGACCGCCUCAGAGUUCUUCUCUGCCCUCCAGAAUCGGACAUGGGGAAAGUCUACUAUGUCAGUAAAAAUGUGGGCCUCGGAUUGCUUGUACUGGCGGCCAUAGCUCUGGCUACAAUUCUAGCUCUCUCCAUUGCCUACGACAAGGAGAGGGCAAAAAAUGGAGGCAAGUCUGAGGAUGGAGCAACAGACAGCACCAACAUGCCUACACCCCUCACAACACCUAGCACCCCGAAGGAGCCGUGGGACCACUACAGACUUCCAGGCUCACUUCGUCCUGCCUUCUACAAUAUCACGCUGUGGCCCCGGCUGACGCCCAACACAGAUGGCCUGUACAUCUUCACUGGACAUUCAACAGUGGUGUUCGAAUGUGUGAAGGAAACCGAUCUGAUUAUCAUCCACUCCAACAAGCUGAACCUCACCAGCUUGUCUGGGCACCAUGCUAAGCUUAGUGGUCUGGGUGAAGUCACCGCGCCCGCUAUACAAAAGUCUUGGCUUGUUGUGAAGACGGAGUAUCUGGUCCUUCAGCUAAGCAGCAGACUAGCAGUAGGAGCAUCAUAUGUACUUCACACUGAAUUUCAGGGGGAGCUGGCAGAUGACCUAGAAGGCUUCUACAGGAGUGAAUACACUGAGGAUGGUGUGACAAAAGUUGUUGCUACUUCGCAGAUGCAAGCAACAUAUGCCAGGAAAACCUUCCCUUGCUUUGACGAGCCAGCCAUGAAAGCUAUCUUCAAUGUCAUCAUCAUCCACGACCGAGACAAGGUGGCCCUGUCUAACGGCAGGGAAAUAGCCACCGCAGACCAUGUCAUUGAGGACGUGCCUGUCAGAGUUACGACAUUUGAGCCCUCAGAGAAAAUGUCCUCAUAUCUGCUGGCCUUUAUUGUCAGUGACUUUGAUAACAUUCAAUCAACCCUAAACAACAAAUUGUUGAUUCGAAUCUGGGCAAGAAGAAAAGCCAUUGAAGAGAGGCAGGGUGACUACGCACUCAACGUUACAGGACCCAUCCUUGAGUUUUAUGAGCGAUACUACAAUGCAACAUAUCCGCUUUACAAGUCAGAUCAGAUUGCUCUGCCUGACUUCAAUGCUGGGGCUAUGGAGAACUGGGGUCUGGUGACAUACAGGGAGACAGCCUUGCUCUAUGACCCAAUCCAGUCCUCCACUGGCAACAAAGAGAGAAUUCUAACUGUCAUCUCCCAUGAACUAGCACACAUGUGGUUUGGAAACCUGGUGACUCUGCAAUGGUGGAAUGACCUGUGGUUGAACGAGGGCUUUGCAUCAUAUGUGGAGUACCUUGGAGCUGACUAUGCAGAGCCCACCUGGAACAUGAAAGACGUGAUCAUACUCUCUGACGUACACAAAGUGUUUGCUGUGGAUGCACUGGCCUCCUCCCACCCGCUGUCCCGUCAAGAAGAGGAGGUCAAUACACCUUCUCAGAUCAGCGAGAUGUUCAGCACUAUCUCCUACAGCAAGGGAGCGGCAGUGCUCAGGAUGCUGUCAGAGUUUCUUACUGAGCCUGUAUUUGCCAAAGGACUCAGUUCUUACCUGAACACCAAUGCCUUAGGCAACACUGUGUAUACAGAGUUGUGGGAUCAUCUCCAGCAGGCAGUUGAAAACACACCAGGUAUCCAUAUUCCUCACACUGUCCAUGAGAUCAUGAACCGCUGGACUCUUCAGAUGGGCUUCCCAGUGGUCACUAUUGACACCAGGACAGGAGGUAUCACCCAGAAACACUUCCUGGUGGAUCCAGAAUCUAUAGUGGAGAGGACAUCUCAGUUCAAUUACGAAUGGUUUGUCCCAAUUAAAUGGAUGAAGAAUGGUGUGGAGCAACAGCAGUACUGGCUCCUUAAAGAGACAGACACCCACAUUCUGAUGAGAGCUUCAGGAGACGACUGGGUGCUGGCCAAUACCAAUGUGUCUGGGUACUUUAGGGUGAAUUAUGAUCUUGACAACUGGGAUCAUCUCCUCUCCCAGCUCAACACCAACCAUCAGGCCUUAUCAAUCAUCAACAGAGCACAGAUCAUAGAUGAUGCGUUCAAUCUAGCAAGAGCCAAAAUAAUCAAUACAACAUUGGCCCUGAGAACGACCAAAUACCUGUCCAAGGAAAGAGAAUACAUCCCCUGGGAGUCAGCUCUGAGAAACCUUGACUACUACAUCCUCAUGUUUGACCGCACUGAGGUCUAUGGAGCUUUACAGUCAUACCUCAAGAAACAAAUCCAACCACUAUUCGAGCACUUCAAGACGAUUACAGAUAAUUGGACCAGAGUACCUACAGGACACACCGACCAGUAUAAUCAAAUUAAUGCUAUUGGAAUAGCCUGCAAUGUGGAUGUAGAGGGUUGCAGGGAGCUGAUCAAAAGCUGGUACAGACGGUGGAUGGAAAAUCCAAAUCACAACCCGAUCCAUCCCAACUUGAAAAGCACAGUUUACUGCCGUGGUGUGGCCUUCGGUGGUGUGGAGGAGUGGGACUUCGCCUGGAGAAUGUUCAAAAAUUCCACCCUGGCGUCUGAAGCGUCCAGGCUCCGGGGGGCCCUGGCCUGCACCAAAACACCUUGGCUUUUAAACAGAUAUCUGGAGUACACCUUGGACCCGACUAAAAUCCGCAAGCAAGAUGCCAUAUCUACCAUCCAGUACAUCUCCCGAAAUGUUGUGGGAAUGCCGCUGGCCUGGAACUUUGUCAGAGCAAGAUGGAGCCAGAUUUUCCAGCAGUUUGGAACGGGGUCAUUUUCCUUUCCCAAUCUUGUCAAUGGAAUUACAAAGAGAUUCUCUACAGAGUUUGAGUUGCAGGAGCUGAAGAAGUUCAAAGAAGACAACAUCCAUGUUGGUUUUGGCUCAGCCACCUUGGCCCUGGAGCAGGCUAUAGAGAAGACCACAGCCAACAUCAAAUGGGUGACAGAGAACAAAGACCAUGUGCUGAAGUGGUUUACUGAAGAGUCCACAUGAGAACACUUAGUCAAAAUUACACACUUUUCUGUACAGUCAGGGAUACAAAAUGAAUGACAAUCACUAUAAUCAACAGGAACAACAAGUGGCCUUUCAGCCCUUUGUUGGUUACUGUUGCACAAAGACAGCUGACAAAUACUUCCCUGUUCAUCCACUUCAGUGCAAAGGGCAUGUCAUGAUCAGUGGAACAUGUGUAUCGACAAAUAAUAGUGAUGUAGCUGUGAAUAAAUAAGUUGAACUCUCACCUCUAGUCUAUGAUUGUCAGAGAGAAAACCACUGAAACAAAUGAUUGUUUUACUCACAUAACAUUUAUUUUUACUUUCAGAACAGCUUUAGCUUAUGUUUUUUCUUUUCUUCAUACUUCUCAUUAUGUACCUGCUUAAGAUGAUGUAUGCAAAACAAUUAUACAAUACUGUAAACAUAAGGCAUUGAGACACUUGUUGACCACCAGAGCAGCUUCAGUGUUUCAUGGCAUUCUUUCUACAAGUGGCUGAAACCUGUUACUGAUUAGAGACUCUUACCAUGAUGGGAUGUUGACUUCAUUGUAUUCAGAAUUGACUGUGAUAUACAUUUUUUAACAUCUCUAGUAAACGCAUUUCCUG